AGAAAUUUUGAGCCCGACUGCCACUGCCACUGCCACUGCCGCUGCCACGAGCGGGCAAUCCUUCAUCCCGUCCAUUCAAGACGGUUUUGGUUUCGUAGCCUGAGGUACGCCUGAGGUCCUGACCAACGUUGCAAUAACGGCAAGAGUCCAAACCUCAAUCAACUCUUUCCCUCACUUCCUACCGGCAAAUCCUGGGCACAAUGGGUCCAGGUCGGCGCAUGAAAAAGCAGGGCCCUCCCGCAACCCUAGAGGAACUCGGCAUCAACCUGAAGCGAAAGUCGAACCUCGACGGCCCCAAGGAACCUGCGAAGAAACGACGGAGGUCGGAUGAACAUGGCCCCAAGAAGCUGGUGAAACUCGAUCGUGCCAUCCGCAGCGAGCAGCCGCCGAAGAACGAGGCCAAGGCGGGCAAAAAAGAGAAGAAAAAGCAGAGACUAGUGAACAAAGAUGCCCAAAUCACGGUACCCCCAGCUAUGCCCAUUUUACAGACAGAGGAGCAGGGUGACGAUGAGGAGGAAAUCGAUGAGGACGACGACGCCGUUGACAUGCCGUUGGACGAAAUUUCCUCGUCGGACAUGGAGGAUGAUGAAAUCGACCAAGCUGACUUGGACCAAGAGGACGUUUCAGAUGACUCUGUAUUUGACUCCGACCCUGAUGAACAGCCUAGACGCAUGUUCUCCGAAGAUGAGGAUGACUCGGACGCGGAAGCCCAGUUGACCGCAGCCAAUAUUGAAGGACUGUCUCGAAAGCUCGAUCAACAACAAGCCCAAGUGGAGGCCGAGGCGCAGCAAGAGUUGGAGGAUGCGGCUUUGCAGACAAACAUUGCCAAAGAUGAAGGGGUAUUAGAUUCCGUGGCCGGCCCCGGACAAGUGGGACAUGGUCUGGCGCCAGAUCUAGCGAUGAUACGGAAUCGCAUGACAGAAACCAUUCGCAUCCUGGGCAACUUCUCCCAGUUGGCAGACAAAACAAAAUCACGGACCGAAUACAUUGAUCAAUUGCUGUCAGAUAUCUGCGUCUACUACGGCUACACCCCAUACCUCGCGGAGAAACUGUUUUCGCUCUUCACGCCAGCAGAGGCCUUCGCCUUCUUCGAGGCCAACGAGACGCCUCGACCGGUGGUUUUGCGAACCAACACUCUACGGACCAACCGUCGAACCCUGGCCCAGGCCUUGAUUAACCGCGGUGUUGUCCUAGAACCAGUAGGCAAGUGGUCCAAGGUCGGUCUCCAGGUCUUUGAAGCACCUGUGCCCCUGGGUGCCACGCCGGAGUAUCUCGCCGGCCACUACAUCCUACAAGCGGCAUCAUCUUUCCUACCCGUCAUGGCGCUGGCGCCGCAACCGAACGAGAGGAUUCUCGACAUGGCCGCUGCUCCCGGCGGGAAAACCACGUACAUUUCAGCUCUGAUGCGCAAUACAGGCGUCGUCUUCGCCAAUGAUGCCAACAAGCAGCGAGCAAAGGGUCUAAUCGGCAACAUUCACCGUCUGGGAUGCAAGAACACCAUUGUCUGCAACUACGACGCGCAAAAGGCGUUCCCGAAGGUUCUGGGUGGCUUUGACCGAGUCCUGCUUGACGCCCCUUGUUCGGGCACGGGUGUCAUCGGCAAAGAUCCCAGCGUCAAGACAUCCAAGAAUGAACGGGAUUUCUUGGCCCUGCCGCACAUGCAGAAACAGCUGCUCUUGGCUGCCAUUGAUUCCACGGACCACAGCAGCAAGACGGGCGGCUAUAUUGUCUACUCGACCUGUUCGGUGACGGUUGAGGAGAACGAGGCCGUCGUCCAAUAUGUGCUCAGGAAGCGGCCAAACGUCAAGAUUGUCGAUACCGGUCUCGGCAAUUUCGGCUCCGAGGGCUUCAAAAGUUACAUGAACAAGAAGUUUGAUGACAAAAUGUCCCUGACCAGACGGUAUUUCCCGCAUCGCGAAAACGUCGACGGUUUUUUCGUCGCCAAGUUGAAGAAGAUCGGGCCCAUGCCCAAGAACGUUGGGUCGGCGAACGGUGGCGAUGCCGCUGACGCCGAGCCGAAAACCGCGCGUAUAAAUGGAGACGCUAAGGCGGGGGCUAAUGGUGUGGAAGAUGGAGAGAAGGAAGCUGAUGAUUUCGGAGGGUUCAAUGACGAAGAGGACAAGGAGAUUAUUGAGCGUUCAGAGAAGAAAUGGUUGAAGGCUCGAGGCCUGGAUCCUAGAGUCGCCGAUCGUAAGAAAGCGGUGGCUGUCAAUGGUCCAAAAGAAGAGAAGAGCCAGAAAAAUGGAGUGGACCCAAAACAAAAGGAAAAAUCGACUGCCAGUGGAGGAGACAAGAAGAAACAUAAGAAGAAGGAGAAGAUGGCGACCGGCAGCAAAUCGAAAGAUUCAAAGUAAGAGGUUGCCGACCGUCUAUGCCUCAACCGGCUCAAGGCACUGACAGGCCGGGAAAGAGUACUAUCUCAUAGUUGGAGUAAUAAUGAGAACAUUAUAUUCCACUGCACAUGGGUAACAAGUCAUGCUGUUUCUAGUCUUUACUGCGAUGGUUAUGCCGUCGGUCGCUUGCCGCCG